CUCUCCCCUCCCUCCCCGUCUCCUUCUACCCCCCUCUUCCCCACCUUCCGUCCGUAUAACCUAACAAACCGUACAAGUGUUGAGGUUCACCAGUCUCCACCAUGACCCCCAGACGCGAUGGUUGCUCUCCUCUCUCCCUUCAGCCCUGCAAUGCCUCCCUUCCGAACCUCCUCCUUCUUCCCCUCCUUCUGCUACUGCCCCACGCCUCCCUCAGCCUGACCCUCGGCGCCGUAGUCACCACCUCACCCUCACCAACGACUCUCUCUGGUCUCACACUAACGUCAACGCCCAGUGGAGUGAAUACGACGACGAUACUAACGAUGGACGACGAGGAGUGGGUGGAGGUCCUCAACGUGCAAGACGACCUCGUAAACGAGUGGCUCAUGAACGACACAAGUUGCUCCCCUGACGCCCUGCACGACCAGAGCCCCAAGAAAGACGGCGUGGAUUUCGGAGAGGUCAAAAGAGAGAUCAUUGAGCAUAUAGUGGGCAUAAGAAGCGCCCUGUCAGACCCGGAGCACCUAAGACUGAGGGCCGUGGCAGCGUGGGAGGAUCGAGGCGGACUGGAUCAUUGGUUUGAGGGUCCUUUUUUGUUUCAACCGCGUCCCGAUGUCCAAGAAAGUCCCGAGGAAAGUGAGGAACCGGUGCCGUACUUGGAAGACGCGAGUGCUGAUGAGAAUGGGAACGAAACCUUGUCCGAUGUGGAGGAAGGAGAACGGAGUGACGAAGAAGAGGGCAUGAUGGCAGUGAAAGAUGAAAGUGGUAGUGGUGAGGGUGGUGAAGAUGGUGGUGAGGAUGGUGAUUACAGUGGUGAAGAAGGCGAUAGUGACACGGAUAUCAGCGAGGGUCGUGAAAUUGAUGAAUAUGAUAAUACGAAUGGAAAUUACACUGAAAAUGGUGAGAAUUAUAACAGUCAAAAUAAUGUUACUAGAGAAAUGAUGGUAGAGGAAGCUGGAGACAUUACUCAAGACAAACUGAUAUCUGAAGGGGAGGAAGAAAUAGAGAAGGUGAAGGAGGAGGAGAAGGAAAAAGGGAAGUCAAAAGAGAAGAAGGAGAAUGAUAUAACCGAGCUGACGGUGGAGGAAGGGUCAAGGCUGCGUCUCGUGUGUAAUGUGACCGGCAUUAAGGAUGUUUGGGUCGAAUGGCGUAGGGCGCUGAACCUCACCUUCCCCGGCGGCGCGGCGGUGGUGGGCGGCAGGUCCGUCUUCUUCGACUUCGUGGGACGCGAGGAUGCCGGGACCUACAUCUGCACAGCCCGGAACAAUGGCAGCUCCACCUACUCCACCGCCCUCACCAUCCACGUGCAGUACGCCCCCGUGGUGGGAGUGUGGGCGCGCACCGUGGGUCAAGAGGGGAUGGAGCUGGGGUGCCUGGGGGAGGGGCGGCCGCAGCCAACCCUCGCCUGGUACAAGAACAACACCAAACUCUCCAACGCCUGCGGGGGGCACACGGAGGUAAAGUCUACGGCGCUCUCCCCCGGCUUCGUGCUCUCCGUGGCCAAGCUCACCAACACCUCUGAGCAGGACUUUGCGCUCUACCACUGCCGCGCCGCCAACAGCCUCAGGGUCUCGCGCUCCUUCCUCAUGGUCCACGAUGGCUCCGGAGAGAUGAGCGUCGACUACCUCGACCACGAGGACCCGGUGGUGUACAGCACGCCCGUGGAGAACCCGCGGCUCGCGUCCUUCCUGCUGGGGAUGGUGCCGCCGCUCUACAUCGCCCUCUACAUCAUCGCCUACCUCAGCUGCUACAAGAGUCCCAGCACUGGCGGCCACGGCAGGUUCGGAGCCAACAUGGACAUGGACGGCGAGUGAUGACGAUGAUGAUGAUGAUGAGGAGGAGGAGGAGGAGGAGGACAACGACAACGACAGUGACGAUGAAGAUGAGGACGACUCUCGGAUGUGAUUCUCUUUGCAUACCUUUAUUUCAAUCAUUCUUUCUUUCUGACUUCUCUCUCUCUCUCUCUCUCUCUCUCUCUCUCUCUCUCUCUCUCUCUCUCUCUGUGUGUGUGUGUGUGUUGCGUUUGAAGUCUUGAAGUGUGCGUAACUAGUGACUGUGUGACUUUCGUGAGCGAGUCGCCGAAGUGUUGAUAGCGGCGGCGUUUGUGUGUGUGUGUGUGUGUGUGUGUGUGUGUGUGUUAAUGUUUGAUAAUUGAAACACACACACACACACACACACACACACACACACACACACACACACACACACACACACACACACGUCAAGAGCAGAAGGACAUAACUUGCAAUCCUUGUAGUCAUGCGUCGCUAAAGAGCACAGUGUUGUCGGGGAAUCAAAGACGAGAAAAAAGGAGGAAGAGGAGGAAGAGAAAGAAGAAGAAGAGGAGGAAGACACAUGGGAAGGGUAAUUUUCAGCGGCUGACACCUUCGAUAACACUGAAACAAAGCAUACCAGUGAUGAUAAUUUCCUUUUAUCUUUCUCUUUUAACUCGCCGCGUCCGGGUUGGCGAAGAAUGGAGGAAAAGGGUAAUUAUAUUAUUAUCAGCGAAUGGUCCACAAAUACCACACGCAGCCGUUACUUCCUCUGUUGUCGUAGCGCCUCUUUCUCACUGGUGUUGGAGGUGAUCGUGGCGCUUGACAAUACUGCAAUGUGCUUCCUGUCUUAUAAAACCCAGGAAACUUUCGAAACAGCUUAGCACAGCAGUAUUUGCCAGAAGAAAUAUUAGAAGAUGCUAACUAAAACUUUGAUGUGGAAUAAAGUGUCCAUCGUGCUGUUAUUGUCAUAUUAUUAAUUUUGAAUAUGGUUAUAUUCACGCAUGUUGGGGUAAUACACCCUCGGAGUUUAUAAAAAGGAUGUUUAUAAAAGGAUGAAGGGUGAUGCAAAUUAGGUUCUGGCUGUAAGAGAGCCAGGUAGGGCACGCAACAAGGGGUUUAAGUUGGGUAAAUUCAGAUUCAACAAAGACAGACAAGAAUUGGUUUACCAGAGUAGUGAUGGAUGAGUGGAACAGGCUUGACAGUCAUGUUGUGAGUGCCAAUACGAUAGAUACAUAAAAAAAAGGUUAGAUAUGUUUAUGAAUAGUGAGGUUAGGUUCACAAGAGCUGCCUUGUACAGGCCUACCGGCCUCGUGCAGACUCAUUAUGUUCUUAAAACCGCGUAUGUAAGGAGAUAGGUAGUGGUGGAAGAUCAUCGUACAAUAUAGAUAACGUCAUUAUUAUGUUAGAAUAUUUUUGUUUUUUGAAAUCAGAAUAUAUAUUUAUACUGUAGCGUUGCCUGAGGUUGUAAGGUAAGUUUUAGUCAUAAGAAUCUUGUAAUCAAUUAGCCACGUUGAGAGGGGUGGACUGCUGAUAUCAGCCAGAGUGUACACGCAGCGUUGAUUACCCAGGAAAGGUUAUGCAAAGGUUGUGUAACUUAUGUAAAACAACAAAUAGAUUACAAUAUUAUAUUUAAUACCAAAAUGUUUUACUUAAGUAAC